UCGCUCCAGCAGCUUCCUGGUCCUCGUGGCUUUCAUGGCCGGCUCGGUUCUGUCCGGUCCUGCAACUCCCUACAGGAGCAGAGUGCGGCGCCAGAACAUGAAGGUCCGCAUCAGCACCACGGAGGACACCAUCGUGAUGAAGUUCCUGCGGCCCAACACCGACACCAAGCUGGAGGGAUACAUCCUGGGCUACGGCGGCAGCAUGUUCUCCAAGCAGUUCAUCCAGCUGCCGCAGAGCGGGAAGCCGUACGAGACCGAGUUCGAUGCCGAGCCCAAGUACCUGAUCGCGGUCCAGCCCGUCCCGGCCAACGAGGUCAAGAAGCAGUGCACAGGUAAAGUGGAGCUGCAGAAGCCGCUGCACCUGGUCAUCGGCACAGUGACGCCGUCCUCUGUCCUGCUGUCCUGGGGGACGCUGCUGAAGACGCCCUACGAGGGGAACGUCAUGAGCGACUGCCUAGAAGACGGACACUACACGGUCCGGUACCGGGAGAAGAACAGGAAGUGGAACUACCAGACCUGCCCCACGAGCGACACGGUCAUCGACAACUUGAAGCCCAACACGGUGUACGAGUUCGGCGUGCAGCCCACCUCCAAGGACGGCUCGGGGAUCUGGACCAAGCCGGUCCUGCACAACAUCAGCAUGCCGAGCGCCGACGAGAAAUCCAUCAGGAAGAACCUCAAGCGGCCCGUCAGCCCGCCGAAACCCUCGACUCCAGACUCUCACUCCUUCCCCUUCUCUCCUCAACACGUUCCCCAGAACAGGACCCGGGGCCGACAGCCCGCCUCUCCCCACACAUUUCCUCAGGCCACUCUCGCUGCCACCGUGAGAGCCACACAGGAAGUCCUGCCGACCCGCGGACCCCGACUUCCUGUGGUCAACGAACGGCCAAUAGGAGGAGAGCUCUCCAGAUCUGUUCUGGUCCCUCUAACAACCCAGACCCCCCCCCUUCCCCGUAUAACCACCACCGUGGCCAAACUGGACACAAACUGGAGGCGACUAAAGCCUCAGUCGCAACCGAACUCCGAGAGCCGACCAGAACAUCGACCUCCACAGUCAAGGCCCAAACCCCUGCAACGCCCCCAACGACCCCCCAGCCAAAGCCCGGUGCGACCACGUGCGACCCCCCAGCCGGAGAUCCAGACCAAACCACCAACCCAACGGCGAGCAAUGACCGAGCUCAAGCUGCAGAACCGUCCUCCAUCACAACCUCCGCCGCAGCCAGACUCCGAGGCCAAAGCACGACUCCAACCUGAACCAACGCCUCCGCCGACACCCCGGACUGAACCUCCAGCACCGGUCCAACCAGCACCACAUGUUGAGAUCCCCACCCUGAAACCUCGACACAAGCCUCAAGUCCAGGAGGAACCACCGAACAUUCACCCCCAACCCCAACCCCGACCCCAACCCAAGACGCCACAAGCACCGCCCAAGUCAAGCCUCCUGACGUAUAAGCCUAGGUUAGAUUUGACCCGGUCCGAAUCUACGGCACGGCCUCAGCCCCAGCCUCCGCCCAAUCAGCAGCCAGAUCCCCCAAAGAAGACCAGAAUCAGGAACAGCCAACGACGGCAGCCACGCCCAGCGCUGAAGCCUACGUCGGAGGCCAAGUCCCAACCCGGACCGCUUCCUAGGAGACCCCUGGUACCCCGAACCCAACCCCUGGUACCCCGGUCCCAACCCUUGGUACCCCGACCUCAGCCUCGGCCUCAACCUCGGACCAGGACCCACGUCCAUCACCCCAAGGUCACCCCAAAGACGGCGUUCCCUACGGCUCCUAGUGCACCAGAAGUGGGCGGGCCCCUACCGAUCCCCGCCCUGGCCAAAGAGAGGGCCGGUAGUUUCCCUCAUGGUUCCGGCUUCGUCAGACCAUCGUCCUCUGCCGACCCUCGAAGGAACGCCACCCUGCACCGCGGCCGCGGUUCUCCUCACUCCUCUAGUCAGGAUGUCAAAAAACACUCUCAGUCAAAGGCGGCCUCCUCUCACGCCUCCAACACGCCGGGCGUUCUGCCUCCUGCUGUUCCCGACAACAAGAGGCCCAACCUGGUGGGGAAACCUAGCGACCACGAUAAACCCAUGGACCUGAAGCAAGGAGACAAGGAGUCCAUCUUGAAGCCGUUCCCGGUGGUGACGGCCAAACCCAAGCAGGAGCGCAGGCAGCAGACGUCGACGCCGGCCCCCGUCGUAAACAGCACUCGCUUUGACAUCAACGACAACUCCUCCAUCUUCAGGCCUCUGCCGGCGUCGGAGGUCGACAUCAUGGGCCGGAAGCGCUUCGUCGCGCCGCACGUCAUCUACAAGACGGACAAGAAGCCGGACGAGCCGUGCUCCAUCACCGCCUCCAUGGCCUACUUCCCCGACGAGGAGGGCAGCGACCAGAACGUGACGGGGCCUCCGCGGACGCCGCCGUCCAACCUCACCGUGGUCACCGUGGAGGGAUGUCCAUCCUUCGUCAUCCUGGACUGGGAGAAGUCCGACAACGAGACCACAGAGUACGAGGUAAUUUCCACGACGACGGGACCGAACGGCCAGGAGAUUUCCAUCCUGACCACCAACCAGACGCACACGGCCGUGGAGAACCUCACGCCCAACAGCAGCUACGAGUUUAAAGUGACGCCGAAGAACGAGCUGGGGAGUGGACCCACCAGCGACCCGGUGACGUUCAGCACAGAAUCAGCGGAUCCUCGUGUGAGUGAACACGCCUCAGGCAAAGACGCCAUCUGGACCCAGUUCUCCUUCAAGGCCGACUCGUACUCCGAGUGCAACGGGAGGCAGUUCGUGAAGCGGACCUGGUACCGGAAGUUCGUGGGAAUCCAGCUCUGCAACUCGCUGAGAUACAAGAUCUACCUGAGCGACUCGCUGGCGGGGAAGUUCUACAACAUCGGGGACCAGACCGGCUACGGGGAGGAUCACUGUCAGUUCGUCGACUCUUUCCUGGAUGGCAGGACCGGAACCAAGAUGAUGGCUGACCAGCUCCCCAGCAGACCAGGUUUCUUCAGGGCGAUGCGGCAGGAGCCGGUCUUCUUCGGAGAGAUCGGAGGAAAGUCCCACGUGACCUACGUGGGCUGGUAUGAGUGUGGCACCCCCAUACCGGGGAAGUGGUAGGACCCCAACCCCCCCCACCCCGUUACCCACAAGCCCCCAGGAGGACGACUCCCUCUGCGGCGAGGAAGAGGAUCAGACGCCUGAUCAGGCCUGCAGGGAUGUGAAGCCUUUCCUCUGUUGCCAUGGAUACCGCAGGAGUCUGAACUCUGAAACCGGGCGUGAACCUUUAAAAAAGGACUUUUGUCAGAAAAAACAACCUCAAGUGCAUUUGUAAACGACUUUUUUCUAUUUAUCAAAGAUGCCACAGCAGAAGAAGAAGCGACGAACAUCCAGUGAUCAGAGUUGGGCAGCUGGCUCCCAAACCGUAGCAACGUGUAUGAUAAUAUUUAUCGAGGAAUCGUCAUUGAAUAUUCUGUGUUCUUGGGUGCUCCGACAUUUGACUCGAGAAAAACAUAUGCAAAAACUCAAAAUCUUACUAGGAAUAUUUGUCUUAUUUCUAGUUAAAAUGUCUCAUUUUUAGUCAAAAAAUAUCAUUACACUUAAAAACAAGAGUCAUUACCAGAAAGAUUACUUUUUUUUUUUUAAAUAAGUAGAAAAAUCUGCCAGUGGGACAAGAUUUAUCUUCUCAUUACAAGCAAAAAAAUCUUGUUCCACCGGCAGAUUUUUCUACUUAUUCUAAGUGAAAAUCUACUUGAAACAGGUGAAAAUUGUUGUUUUUUCCAGUGAUGAGUCUUGUUUUAAGUGUAAUCAGAUUUUUUUUACUAAAAAUUAGACAUUUUAACUAGAAAUAAGACAAAUAUUCUUGUUAAGAUUUUGAGUUUUUGCAGUGUAUGUCCACACACAUACACACGCACACACGCACACACACACAUGCAAAAAGAUGCCAGUCGUCGUUUCGGACUUGCAGAACCGAGUUUCUGCUGGACCCGAGGGAUUAUUAGCGGUUGCAUUUUGCACAGUAUUAAACAUUUGUUCAUAUCUGUAUAUUGAGAGAAUUAUGAUAUAUUUUUCAGGAGCAUAGCAGGAUUUGAUACUUUCAUACGUUUUUGUAAAAGAAAGCAGCUCAAGUGUAAAUGCAGACUCAUUGUCAGGCGGCCAACAGUGAACCCUGGGUUUGUUUUGUGUUUUUAAUAAUAAUAAAGUCUGAAAGAUACAAACAAAGGAACCAUCCCGGAAGUAAAAUAGGAUCUAUUUGGCUAAACUGCAAAAAGCAGGUAAAACCUCAGAUAAAAGCAGGUAAAACCUCAGAUAAAAUCAGGUAAAACCUCAGAUAAAACAGGUAAAACCUCAAAAUCAGAUAAAAGCAGUUAAAACUUCAAAAUCAGAUAAAAGCAGGUAAAACCUCAGAUAAAAGCAGGUAAAACCUCAGAUAAAAGCAGUUUUUUUCUCAGAUGUCUUUCAUGGCUGCAACUGUGAGAUGUACCACACGUUUUCAGAUAAUAUAAUAAUCUUGCCUUUAUAUUUACUGAAUAUCAGUUGCUUUAAUGGGAAAAGACCCGCUAGAAAAGCUUCAACCAUUGACUUUUAUCCCCCCGUUAUUUCCAGGUGCAACGAUCCCGCUGACUCGGGUCUAUUUUCUUUAGUUUGUAAAUUGUGAGCUUGUGCAACUAAUUAAAAACUGUUUAGACUCAGAA